GGGGUGUGCCUUUUGCGUCAUGAUGUCACGAAGACGCAGAGUAACGUCUGGGAUUCAACAUGGCGCGGGAAGCAGUGGGAGAGACAAUGGUGGAAGCCCGCGGAGAAAGCGAAGAGAAGGCGGACAACCUUCACCUGUAUGAGGCCCAGUUUUUCGGUUUCACACCGGAAACGUGUAUGUUGCGGGUCUACAGCGCCUUCCAGGACUGCCUGUACGACAUUUUACCCGUCGUGGAGAAAGUGUGUGUGAGACAGCUGAGCAAAGGAGAGUCAGGGGAGGCCGAGGAGCUGCUCCUCUCCAGGGCCAGGGACUGCAGCCGCAAGCUGCAGUUCUUCCUCGAAGAACGCUUCAGGCAACUGUCGCAGCGGAUGGACGCGCUGCUGGUGACCCGCUGUUUGUCCGUGCCGCCAAACGUCCUGCUGCCCGAAGACGAGCCGCACCGCAGCCGAGCUACAGACACACAGGAGGCGCUGAGGCUGGAGACAUCCCUUGCAGAACUUCAAAGAGCCUACGACGCAGAGGUUUGUGCACGACAGGCUUUGCUGGCUGAGCUGGCUGAGCAGAAGGAGGUGCAGAAGCAGCUGGAUGGGAUCCUGGUGUGGGUCAGAGAGGUGCAGGCAGCCUGGGUAAAGGAAGGUAUGGGCAGCUUCAACGAAAGUUUCCGAUUGAUGAUGGAAUCUGUAAAUAAAUUGCUGGUGGCUGUCAGAGAAGUCUGCAACAAGGCACCUUGUUGACCUGGACUCACCUACGAUAUGUAAUCACUUUCCUUCAGACUUUUUUUUUUGUUGUUGUUUUUUGACAUUGUAAAUUAGAUAUAUCCAAACAGAGUCAUGUUAGCGGGAAGAUGCAACAGUGGAAGUGGUACUCCACUCAAUAUUCAUGAAAUUGUACCAGUUUUCAUUUUGUUUUGCAAUAAUAAAUCGCUUUGUAAUGCAUGUAGUGUGACAAUAUUUUGACCAACAUGAAUCAUUUUCUGCAGCAUAAGGGGCUUAUGCACUUUUAUUCACUUUUGCACAAGUAAAAUUUC